GCGGGGAAACCGACGCCCCCGGCGGGGAAACCGACGCCCCCGGCGGGGAAACCGACGCCCCCGGCGGGGAAACCGACGCCCCCGGCGGGGAAACCGACGCCCCCGGCGGGGAAACCGACGCCCCCGGCGGGGAAACCGACGCCCCCGGCGGGGAAACCGACGCCCCCGGCGGGGAAACCGACGCCCCCGGCGGGGAAACCGACGCCCCCGGCGGGGAAACCGACGCCCCCGGCGGGGAAACCGACGCCCCCGGCGGGGAAACCGACGCCCCCGGGUCUCAGUGAUGUUCUAAGGCCUUCCAUGACAUCUUCCACUGAUCUGUGCCCGCAACUAUUGUUGCUAUGA